AUGGAAGAAUCUCUAUCUGAAAGUCUUCAAAAACAGUCUGGAUAUAGAAGUAAAACCAUUACAUUAAUGCUUUGUCCAGAUUCCAUUCUUCUUCCUAUGUCAAACCGUACGAAAGAAAUGCGAAAAAUUAUGGCACAUAAUUCAGUCUUUUUUUCUAAUAUUCUAUCCAAUUUGUCGAAAGAUAUUCGUGAAAAUUUGGAAGCUCUAUGGACAACGGUAGAUAGGGAUUGCAUGGAUGAUCUUCAAUGGUUACGAAAUGUUAAGCAAAUUUUAUCUAAAUUAGCUGAAGAUGAAUAUUUUUGGAAAAAAUGGUGUUAUAUUGUUGGUUGUGACGAAAAUAAUUUCCGUGAUUACUACCUUAAAACAUUGCAAAAUAAUAAUAAUAAUAACACUUUAAUUAGCAAAGAAAACAUUAGUUCUACGUCUUUACAUUCGGUUAAAACUAAAUUUGUUGAUGAAAUCAUACUUGAAAGGGAAUAACAUAUUUAAUAGUGUUAACCACUCAAUAAAAAAUAAUGAUACUUUAUUAAUGAA